UAUGAUCACAUAUCAUACCCAUUACUAUUUACCAUAUAGACUUUUAUACAUAUGCAGCAUCCCAAACGGGUCAACACUCACACACACAUACGCACUGUGUGACAACACACACACCAUCUCACCAUCUGGCACGGACAUGCGCAUUGACAGCUUUGGUAGUGGUAGUUGUGGUAACAGCAACAGAAACAGCAUCAGGCAGUAAAGAGCCAAGCCAAAAACGUUAGUUAAAAACAGUAAGAGAGAGAGACAGAGAGAGCCACACACAGAGAGAGAGAGAGUGAACUGAAGCUCACGCUGAAAGGUUAAGAGCACGCUAUUGGCCAUGGCCUUCUCGCGCCACAACAUCGAAAAGCGCCGACUCAUCGAGCUAGUACGCUUAAAUCCGAUAUUAUGGGACUGCCGUCUGCCGCACUACAAGCGCUCGGACAAGAAGAAGGCCAUUAAAUGGAACGAACUGGGACGUAUCUUCAAUGUGAAUGGAGAACGGGUGCAGCGCACCUUCACCUCGCUUCGUGAAAUCUUCCGGCGUGAGCUGAAUCACGAGAAGAUGCUGGGUCCGUCACGUUUCAAAUCCAAAUGGGAAUAUUACGAUGCCAUGCUGUUUCUCAAGCAGGUCAUCAGAGAGCGCAAAUCUCGCGAGCGUAUUAAGCAAAGCACGGAUGUAUCUGGACAUAUUAUGAACAACAACAAUAGCAAUAAUAAUAACAAUAAUAACAGUGUUGCUCACGAUGAAUAUCAGUAUUUUGCGCCCAGUGAUCCCAAUAAUCCCAACAAUCAAUCUCAGACAGCCAAACUCAAUCUAAGCGAUUCCCCAUUGAAUAUUUCCCAACUUCCCGUGGCUCUGCAGCAACAGGCCCAACACUUACACGCCCUACAAUUGCAGCCCGAUAUCACACUGACGACACUCCAGAAACAAGCCACGCCCACAUCUGUAGCAUCAGCAGCAGUAUCCGCGACAAUAACACCAGUGGGAUCGGCAACAACAGCAACAGUGGCGAUAGCAUCGGCAGUUCCUGUCCAACCAUCACCCCCACAAGUGCUCUCCAGCUCGCAUUCCUGCAGCAGCUCACCAUCCAUAUACAUUAAGGACGAGCCCGACACCCAGACGACAAGUCUAUCAACACCAAAUGGCAAAACGCAUACAAAGCUGGCCACCAUCAGACCACAGACGAAACAACAGCUCAAGGCGCGUUUGCAGCUACCGAAGGGGAACGAGGGCGGGGCUUAUGCCACGCCCCCACCACAUCUGAUAAUCAAUUCCAACAAUGAGCUUAUUGAUGCCGAUGCCGGCGAUUUGGAUGAUGACGACGAAUUGGAGUACGAUGACGAUGAUGAGGACGAAGAUGGCACCGGUCCUCCGCUCGUCGAUGUCGACUUGAUGGGCAGGGGCGGUAGGAUGUCCCCAGGCAGCAGUUAUACGGCAGUUGGUCCUGCUCGGCACACGCCCAGUGCUCGUGAGCUGCUUCACACAAAAUUUGGCGAUUUCCUAGCCGCCCGACUGAAUACUCUGCACGAGACUGUGGCCAACGAGCUGAUGAACAAGAUAUUGCUGUUGAUAGCCGAAAAGUAA